AUGGAAAACGUGAAGACCGGAAUGGCAGGAGAGUUUGUAGCUGACAGUAAACGAGACAUCCAUGAAUUCCUUGACAAGAUAUUAGAAGUGGUCAGUGAUGCAAGGAAUUGCUGCCUCGAUGGAUCAACAGAUGCAAUUGACGAUGGAGAAUUCACCCGUAUGAUGUUCGUUGAUGGUUGUUUUCUUCUGUAUAUCAUUGACAAGUUUGUGCAAUUUAACUUCAAUUUGAAAGAACUUUCUGGGCAUCUAGGCUAUGGUAGAUGGGCUAUGUUAAUAGGGGACUUAAUUUUGUUAGAGAACCAACUUCCUUUCCUAGUUCUCCAAACCUUGAUGAGUGCAAGAUUCCCAAAAGACGAAGGGGAGGGAUUGAUUGAGACCUUCAUCGACACUUAUUUCGUAAAUGCCUGGAUAUUAGGACAACGUUCAAAUGGUGCCAAGUAUGAUGGAGAUCAGCAACCCCUUCAUUUACUAGAACUCACGCGCAGAAGAUUUCUCGGCAGCCACUCUCCCAUGACAGGCCAUGGACAAAUCAGCAGCACGAGAGGGGAAGAUGGUCCUCGUAAACAAGACGAACCCGGUUGUUGUUCCUUCAAACGUCCCAGCUUGUCCAGAUUAAAACGACAUAGAGCAACCAAGCAGGAAGACCUACUGAAGGACAUGUUUGGUAGUGAAUCAUUUCGUUCGGCCACAGAACUUAAAGCACGAGGGAUACAAUUCAGGGCUAGCAACACAUGCAUUUUGAACGACAUCACCUUCACUUCUCGAUUUCUUCAUGGACUGGUGACGCUUCCUCAUGUCGUGGUUACCCACCAAACAACAAAGAGGGUCUUUUCGAACAUGAUAGGCCGAUGAAUUGGCUCCCCUUAGAUUCGAUGUCCCGGAGGAAUGCAAUUAUAUAUAUUUCAUGAAUUCACUCAUAAAUGGAGCUGAUGAUGUGAUUGAGCUGCGAUCACACCACAUCAUUCAUAACUUACUUGGCACCGAUGAAGAAGUUGCAAAACUAUUCAACACCUUGGCUGCCUUCUGUGGAGCUGCUACUCAUUCAAACAAAAUUAGAGCUGUCAUUACUGGGAUUGAAGAGCACUACAACAGCAAGAGGAAGACUUGGACGAGUCAACUGUUGCACAACUAUUUUAGCAGUCCCUGGACUGCUUUGGCUGUCUUUGCUGCAACCUUUGUACUGGCUCUGACUUUCAUUCAAACAUUUUUUCCUCGUUAGAAGGUACAAGGACGACGUGUGAGCAAUUUGGACGCAUCGAUCCAACUCUGAUGUAUAACUGUUGUUUCUCAAAAUAUAUAAUAUGUGUGUGUAGGAUCCUUAAGUUUCAAGGAUACAUUGAAUAAAU